CCGCGCUUUGCUCUGACUCUAUUGAGGCUGUGGUUGAGUUGGCCAAUUUCCGAAAAAAGUUGAUUGUCAGUCCAACCGUUGCCACCGCACGAUUUCUCGGUCAGCAGCACUACUCCUAUUUCUUCCGAACUGUGCCUUCAUUAACUGAGGCCAAUUGCAUCUUGGUUCGGCUGUUUCUAAGCUGGGGCUGGAAACGUAUGGUCGUAUUUCGUAAAGUCGAUCACUUUUUCAAUCCACGUCUGUUUCAAGCCAAAGGAAUCGAGAUUAUUGCCGAUAUUGAGAUGCAAGAGGAUCAACUGAGCUACGAAGGCUCGAAACACACACUGAAGAAAUUGAAGCAACGAAAUAGUCGUAUUUUCGUAGUCGAGUACGGCGUUCGUGGCACGUAUUUGACUUUGUGUGCAGCCUAUCAUCAGGGCAUGCAUUUCGGUGCCGGUUACGUCUGGUUUCUCAAUCCAUGGCUUGCCGAUCGUUGGUGGCUAUCCCCAAUCACACAAGAGUUCACCUAUUGCACACCGGAACAGAUGCUCAAUAUCACCUCGUGGACAUUCACUGUGGGUCAUCAAUUUCUCAUGGGACGUGGUUUGCACAGCUUGAUGCCUUUGCACAGCUCCCAGCCGAGCUCUGAGAAAGAACGAUCACCGGCCUCAAACGAGGCGAAAAAUUCGUCCAAACGCAAACAAAAUACAUCGCAAAUCAACUCAACCACCCUGGCGCCGAAAUCAGAGUCGCUAAAGCGAUCGCGUCGCUCGGCUCCUGAACCCAGUGGAUCAACAUCUGGCUCGAAUGGUCGCCGUACUGGCUCGACGAACCGGACCAACCGUACGGAUUCGAAACCAGCAGUCCGACAAAAAUCCGUGCUUCAUGAUCCAAUGCGUUUCUAUUCAAUUUAUACUGAAGAGGCCGUGAUUCUACUUGCCAGUGCCAUGGUUCAACUGCUCAAAGACAACCCCUCAGCUGUGUCCGCACUAGACCAACCCGCAGUCGCUGAAGCUUUCCGCAAUCACGUGUCCCGUACGAAUUUCGCCUAUCGGAUGCGUUUGGGCGAGAGCAACCCGUCGCAGUCAUCCAAACGGGAUGAUUUGAAUGCAAACGCAGAAGUGCACGGAUUCGGCGAUUUCGGUUUCCAGCGGGCCGGUGAAUUCUACGGUGUCAGUGCAACCGGGGAUCCUUUGAGCUCGCAGCUCCGUUUCAACAAACUGAACGAACGUGUGGCUGACUACUGGCUACUCAAACAACGUCAAGAUCACACGACGGUUCCUCUGUUUCUCUGGUUCACCAAAACUUCCCGUGAUCUAAAUGGAACCGAGGCCGCGUGCGAUUUUCCCAAAGAAUCGUCCGCCAAAAACGAGGAUUAUCUGACCAUGUACGAAGAGUUUCUGCGACGUAUGGACGAGAGACAAUUGGAUCGUGUGGACUGGAACGUGCUCGGGCAUCCACCACACGACGGCUCGGUCACGAACGAGGUCUGUGCGCUGUACUUUCUCAGUGACACAUUGCGCAUGGGUUGUACCGGGGCCACAGUGUUUGUCGCGGUGAUUGUCUGUGCUGUGUUUUUCAUACCAGUGAUUCUGUUGAGUUUGCAUUAUCGACGUAAAUUACGCGAAGCGGAACAGUUGACUCGUAAACCGUUUGAGGAACUCUGUGCCGAAUUGGCCGAUUUGGAUAAUGCAUCGCUUCGGAACUUAAUUCACUCAUAUCGUAAAUUGUUGGUUGACUAUGUGGCUGCUCAGUAUCCACCUUUCGAUGAGCACCUUAUCAUGAAAGCCGAGGUGGACAUUCUCAUGCCCAUGCAUCUGGUCAAGAAAACUUGGGUGUCUGUGCACCCGCACGUACUAAUCAACGCUUUCAUGAAAGCUGGGUUCAAAUCCACAUUGAUUCAGCCAGUGAUGCAGCCACUAGAGGAUAAAUGCGAUUUGAUUGAGGACUUUACUCAUUAUGUGUCUACUGAUUACCGUCUUUUUGAAGAAGAAAUCGCUCGUUUGGAAUUUGAAUAUGAAGAACUAAACAAUGACCAUUGUGAGUAUUCAAACAGCACAGCUCAUCAUCUGCCUCCCAAUUGCUCCCAAUUAAGAUGGCGCCUUAUCAGACAGUGCUGUCAGCACGACUGGAAGAGUCGUCCAUCAUCGAUGGAUCAGGUUCUGGACGUUUUGAAAGCCUAUCCGGAAUGUAUUCGACCGUUCCUCACGGACGAUCCACCGAAACCGAUCACAAUGAUGGAUUCGUUACAAGUAAGUUUCAUGAGUAUCCGGGUGGGGUGGGAGACCCCGCGUUGA